AUGCCAUCAGUCAAGAACCCCAACGGGCCCUCGCAGAACCGGCUGAAAGCCCGGGCCUCCAAGGCGCGCAAGCAGACGUCCAAGGCCGCCUCCGGGCGGAACAAGUCGCGCGCUCUCAAGGCGGACGAGAAGCGCGGCGCGAGGGAGGGCCUCCUGCCCACGAGCGGGCCGAGGAGGGCGCUGGGCAAGAAGCAGCAGCAGAAGCUGGAGCGGAGGAUCGCAAACGAGCUGAAGAGGAGGGAGGCUGAGGAGGGGGCGACUGCUGCGGGCGAGGAGGAGGAGGAGGAAAUGAAAGAUGUCGCCGAGGAUGAUGAGAAGGACGACGCCCGGGCUAUUGAGGAGCAGAUGGCAAUGGAGAGCGAGAACAUUGCUUGA